AUGUGUCAAGGGGAGUAUGGCACAUUCUUACCCGUUGACACGCCAGAUCCUUUGGAACAUGCUCAUCACCUGAAAACUCAGCUAAAGAGUUAUGGAGAUUCAAAAUGUUACUGUAUGGCUAUUGCUACUCUGGAGGAUGCUAGAAGUCUAAAAAGUUUAGCCGAUCGGUUAAAGGCCCUGGAAGUUGAUAUCAGUAAAAUACAUCUCGAUGGGGCGCUAACAUUUCUGAAAGGUGCAUCCUUGCUCGAGGAUUGCAUCAUUCAAGGUGAACGACCAAGAGAUACCAAUAAUGUGUUUCAUCACUAUAGAGAUGCAGCAAGGCUUUUCAGAAGCUUAUUUGACUUGGCAAUGUCGAUCGUGUAA